AUGGGAAUUGAAUCAAUUGAUUCAUCUAUCAAUGUAAUUGAGGAAGAGGUCAGUCACCACCCAACACUCAUUGCUUGCCACUGUGAAGGUAGAGGGUCGAAGUUCUGGGCUGAUAGCAAUCUCCGGUCAAAAUUUUGGGGGCGAUCAAUUCAGCUUGACCCUGUUGGAGUUCUAAGCGUGGAGUUUGAUGAUGGUUAAAUUUUCUAGUGGAGCAAGGUCACAACAAAUAUAUAUAAUCUCAUUCUCAGUAAACUUUAUUGUGACCACCAUGGUACAAUGCACAUACGGGGUAAUCGUGAGUAUUCAUGCAAACUGAAGUUCAAAGAGCAAUCCAUUCUUGACCGAAAUCCUCACCAGGAGAAGCUCCCACCCACGGAUUCCAGACUCAGGCCAGACCAGCGGCACCUGGAGAAUGGAGAAUAUGAAAAGGCGAAUGCAGAGAAGAAGCGGUUGGAAAGAAGGCAAAGAAUGUGCUCAGUGCUGAUAAGCUUCUGGCGGGUUCGUCAUGCAUGGCAUAAAAACUUGGUAAACAAAUGUUUGGACGAUGAGAUGCGAGCUACAAUAUCAAGAAGGCUUCAUCAGGCAGUAGAUGACAUAUGUCAACGACGAGGAACAGAUGGUUUGUUUGUGGAUUUCAUGGAAGAUUUUGUUGAUGCAUCAGAUUUUGUGGAUUACUUUAAGGCAACCUGA